AUGAAGACGAAUUCACAAACCAAAUGCUCGCAAAGCAGGGCUGAAUUAUGUUUGUCAGAACCGGUUUAUGCUGGUAAAUUUAUUUCCAAUAUCGGAACUGUUUUUGAGAAGGAAAUUGAAACGUUGCCUAAAAUUGUAAAAGAUGCCGCGCCAUAUGCUGCUCAAUUGCCUGUAGUGGGCCCUGCAGUUGGAAUCGGCAGGGCAAUAGGUUCGGAGAUGGGUCAGGCUAUAAGAGGCUCAAAGAGACACGUAGGUCAAAAUCCUAGAUCUGCUAGAUACCCACUAGCUAGACAUCCAGUAGCUAGAUACCCACCAGCUAGACACCCACUAGCUAUAUACCCACCAUCUAGAUACUCGCCAGCAAGAUACCCACCAUCUAGAUACCAACCAGCAGAGCACCCACCAGCUAGAUACCCAUCAGCAGAGUACCCACCAGCUAGAUACCCAACAUCAGAGUACCCACCAGGAGGCCGAUACGCACCAGCACCAGGAUACCCAGGCGCUUCUUCACCAAUUCCUUCUACAGUGGGAACGGAAUAUCCUGAAAGAUUUUUAACUACUAGAAGGGCAGGAUAUUCUGGAGUAUAUGCCGGAGCUGGAGAAAUGGGAUAUCCUAAAAAAUAUUUUGUGUAA